AUGGUGCGAAAAUUAAAAUUUCAUGAGCAAAAAUUGCUAAAGAAAGUAGACUUCAUAUCAUGGAAAGUCGACAACAAUUUAAGCGAGGUUAAGGUUAUGAAAAAAUUUCACAUUCAAAAAAGGGAAGAUUAUACAAAGUACAACAAAUUAUCUAGAGAAAUAAGGGAACUAGCUAACAAAAUUAAAGACUUAGAUGCUAACACAGAGUUUAGAACCGAAGCAAGUGCACAGCUUUUAGAAAAAUUAUACCAAAUGGGACUCAUACCAACACGAUGGGAUCUGGCUCUCGCUAGUAAUGUUCCCGCCAGUGCCUUUUGUAGGAGAAGAUUACCUGUUGUUAUGGUUAGAAAUAAAAUGUCAGAAAAUCUCAAAGAAGCCACAAAGUUUAUAGAGCAGGGUCAUGUGCGUGUUGGUCCCGAGGUAGUUAAAGACCCGGCAUUCCUUGUAACAAGAUCACUCGAGGACUUUGUCACGUGGGUCGAUGGUUCCGCCAUCAGGAAGCAUGUGAUGGAGUAUAAUGAUAUGAGGGAUGACUUCGAUAUGUUGUAA